AUGCAGAGACAGCCCCAGAUGCACACAGCCUCUUCAAAGUUUCAUCUGAUGUUUGUCGCACUCACCAAGAACUGGCUCCAUGAUUCUAGUCUUACAGAACGGGUGUCACCACGGUAUCUUUGUAAAAUGUCAACACUCAAUAUGAACUCCACAGCCCCUGAGGAAGAUCAGAAAGACUCCAGUGUUUUAUCAGAUAUUCAAACUCCCAGAAACUUUGCAGAGUGCACUGCGGCUGACUUCGGGAUUUCUGUAGAAAGCUUUAUCCCAGCUUCAGUGCCCUCUCAAAACCGUAAAGAAAAGUCCCGUCUUGCACAGUUAAAAAUGAGACGUAGGUCGAACAUCGGCGUUCGCGGCUCACCUGAGACCAACUCUCUGAUCCGUUUCAUCGCUCAGCAGAGGGCGAAGACGCCACCAGCUCAAGCCACUCCAGAGCUGGGGAAGAAGAGCCCGUUCAUGCCGCUGGUCGCCUCCACACUGAGACAGAAGAUCGCCUGCUUCCAGAGCCUGAUGGGAGUGGAGGAGAGCGAGGGCGCUGGAGGAUGCAUCACGACAAGAGAUGAUCUGUCUGAUGGCAAAAAUCUUCAAUCCGGUAAAGAAAACCACCCUCCCUCCAUGACCCUCCCACCGAACAAGAAGAGGCGCCUGGGGCCCACUCAGGGCUGUGGAGGCGAGAUUACAGAGAAUGACCACCCCCCUCCCAACCAGCUGGAGGAAAAACCACUACUAUCUGAUAAAAUUGUGGAGGCACCUGCUCAAGCUGUGGUCAUUUCGCCGCCGUUCCCUGGAGGAGAGUUGUCCGUGUCUCCAGACUCUCAGCUCUGGUCUCCCACUGACAACCAACAGGAGGUUGUUCUUGAACUUGAGAGAAUCCAACAGCCAUUGCCUGAUGACACCUCCAUAGCAGCUGCAAUGCAACCUGCCUCCCACCUCCACAGCCCAUCUAUCUCCUCUCUGCUGGAGAUGAAGCCUUCAGACUCCCUCAGCAGCCCUACAGUAAAGAAAAAGAAGCAGGUGCGUUUUGGAGAGCCUCUUCCUCCAGAGCUGUUUGAUAAGACCCUUCCUCCCAGCACCCCGCUGAAGAAGGGAGGUACACCCGCGAGGAUUCUGACUCCUGGAGAUGCACUGAAGAUGCGUUCGCUGCUAAAGACGCCACAGAGAGCUGACUCUCCCUGCACAUACUCUCCCUCCACAAAUCUGCUCUUUGCCUCUCCGGUCCUGUCCAUGCCCCGCGGCCAGAGGAUCAUGACUUCAGAGGAGGACACUGAAGAGAUGAGUGGAAAGAUUCCUUUUCCCAUGGAUGAGAUUGAGCUCGAAGCUGCCAUUGCUGAAGAGUCAUUAAAUGCUCAACCACUGAAGUUGGACACUGCUUUUAAUGAGGACUCCCUUUCCCUCUGUGUGACAGAAUGUGAAACUAAACCAGUGGAAAGCGGCUCCCCGGCGGACAGUCAGCCUCCAGAGCCAGAGGAGGAGCAUUCUGCUCAAACAGACACUGAAGCUGCAGCCUCUGGCACCAGAACAAGAAGGGGAAAGGCGACGCUUGACACAGCAGAGGCUACCUGUUCCAGUGGUCGUAAGAGAAAGCUGCCAGAAGAGAGUGAACCGGUGAAGAGGUCGUCACGCUCCGCAGCCAAGACGGCCUCUGGGAAGAUGAAGGCAAGUGCAGCUUCACGUCGCUGGAACAAGAAAGUGGACCGCACUCUCUACGGCUCUAGAGAAUACGCCUCCAAAAACCCCUCCCUCAGCCCCAUCACUGAGCGCCUGUCCAUGAGGCUCUUCAGGGCCACAGAAGAGCAUGUGGAGGACACGGUCCCAAGCCAGGAGCCUUGCCCCAACAUCAGCUGCAAGACAAAAUUCGUCGGCGUUCAACGAACCAGGAGGCGGUCAGGGUCAAAGGGCACAGGGAGAGCACUGAAGGGAAGAAAGGUUAGUGUUAGUAAUGGCCGAGCCGAUGCAGCAGUGCAUGACAGGAGCGAGGCAAGCUACGCUCAACAAGACGAGACGGAAGAACUCUCCAUAUAUGCAUCGCACACUGAUGGAGACGCUCGAAGUGACAUUAGUGCCAUGGACGUGUUCGAUACUCCAACAGCGGAGAAUGAGGAGUCUGCAUCGCCCGCUAUUGUGGAAGCGACCACAAGCUUUUUCCAAAGUGACAAACUCAAACGGGCAUCUGUACAAGUCAAACCCAGCCCGGAAAAGGUAUCAGACGAGAAAAUGAGCAGUGAAGUUGAGAGGAGACAUGGAGAACAGGCCUUAAGCCACCAGGAAAGUGCACUGUCACGGCCUGAUGAACACAAAGCAGAAGUAGCAGCAGCAGCAGCAGCAAGCCUUCCUCCCUGGCAUGAGGAAUUCAACUUCGAGGACGUGUUCAAGCCCGUCCCCACCAGAGGGCAGCGUUCCGUCCGACGCAGCCUGAGAAACCAGAGCAAUUUGGAUCCCAGCAGCAGCGGGGGAUUGGCAUGGCUUCCCCACGUCUCCCCAGAAUCCAUCAAGGAGUCCCGCAGGAGGACAAGGGGGCGUCGGCUUAGCGCCACUCUGCACGCGCCAGCCCUGGAGGUGACCCAGCCAUGA